AUGGCCGGGAUGAGCCUGGCUCUGGCAGCCUCUCGGCUGGUGCUCAGCCUGCUGCUGACGUCGUCCGCGGGGUCUGCCCUGCACGGCAGCGAGUGUCCACAACUGUGUGUGUGCGAGAUCCGGCCCUGGUUCACCCCGCAGUCCACGUACCGAGAGGCCAGCACCGUGGACUGCAACGACCUCCGCCUGACCAGGAUCCCCGGCAACCUUUCCAGCGACACGCAGGUGCUCCUCCUGCAGAGCAACAACAUCGCCAGGACGGCGGAUGAGCUGCAGCAGCUCUUCAACCUGACGGAGCUCGACUUCUCCCAGAACAACUUCACCAACAUCAGGGAGGUGGGGCUGGCCAACCUGACCCAGCUCACCACCCUGCACCUGGAGGAGAACCAGAUCGCCGAGAUGACCGACUACUGCCUGCAGGACCUCAGCAGCCUGCAGGAGCUCUACAUCAACCACAACCAGAUCAGCACCAUCUCGGCCCGGGCUUUCUCGGGCUUAAAAAACCUCCUCAGGCUGCACCUGAACUCCAACAGCCUGAAAGUGAUCGACAGCCGCUGGUUUGAUUCGACGCCCAACCUGGAGAUCCUCAUGAUCGGGGAGAACCCCGUGAUCGGGAUUCUGGACAUGAACUUCAAGCCCCUCUCGAACCUGAGGAGCUUGGUCCUGGCGGGAAUGUAUCUCACGGACGUCCCUGGGAACGCCUUGGUGGGCUUAGACAGUCUCGAGAGCCUGUCUUUCUAUGAUAACAGACUGGUCAAGGUCCCCCAGCUUGCCCUGCAGAAAGUUCCAAACUUGAAAUUCUUAGACCUCAACAAGAACCCUAUUCACAAAAUCCGGGAGGGGGACUUCAGGAACAUGCUCCGGCUGAAGGAACUGGGGCUCAACAACAUGGGGGAGCUGGUCUCCGUGGACCGCUAUGCGCUCGACAACUUGCCCGAACUCACCAAACUGGAAGCCACCAACAACCCCAAGCUGUGCUACAUCCACCGCCUGGCGUUCCGGAGCGUGCCUGCCCUGGAGAGCUUGAUGCUGAACAACAACGCUCUGAACGCGGUGUACCGGAAGACGGUGGAGUCCCUGCCCAACCUGCGCGAGAUCAGCAUCCACAGCAACCCUCUGCGCUGCGACUGCGUCAUCCACUGGGUGACCUCCAACGCGACCAACAUCCGCUUCAUGGAGCCGCUGUCCAUGUGCUGCGCCACGCCGCCCGAGUACCGCGGGCAGCAGGUGAAGGGGGUGCUCACGCAGGGCUCCAGCGAGCAGUGCCUCCCCAUGAUCGCCCGCGACGCCUUCCCCAGCCACGUGAACGUGGAGGCCGGCGCCACGGUUCUCCUGGACUGCCGGGCCAUGGCUGAGCCCGAGCCCGAAAUCUACUGGGUCACUCCCCUCGGGAAUAAGGUGAGCGUGGGAACGCUUUCGGACAGAUACCGGCUGAGUAGUGAAGGCACCCUGGAAAUCGCUGACAUUCGAACUGAAGACUCGGGGAGAUACACGUGUGUGGCGCAGAAUGUCGAAGGGGCCGACACCGGCGUGGUGACCGUUAAGGUUAAUGGGACCCUUCUGGACGGGACCCAGGUGCUGAAAAUAUAUGUGAAACAGACAGAGUCUCAUUCCAUUUUGGUGUCCUGGAAAGUUAACUCCAACGUCAUGACGUCAAACUUGAAGUGGUCAUCGGCCACCAUGAAGGUGGACAACCCGCACACCACAUACUCGGCCAGGGUGCCGGUGGACGUCCAUGAGUACAACCUCACGCACCUGCAGCCUUCCACGGACUAUGAAGUGUGUCUCACAGUGUCCAGCGUCCACCAGCAGACUCAGAAGUCCUGCGUGAACGUCACCACCAAAACCGCUGCCUUCGCCCUGGACGCGUCCGACCGGGAAGCCAGCGCGGCCCUGGCCGCCGUGCUGGGCUCCGCGUUCGCCGUCGUCAGCCUCGCGUCCACCGCUGCGUACGUCGCCAGGAGGUUCAAGAGGAAGAAUUACCACCACUCAUUAAAAAAGUACAUGCAAAAGACGUCUUCGAUCCCGCUCAACGAGCUGUACCCGCCGCUCAUCAACCUCUGGGAAGGAGACAGCGAGAAGGACAAAGACAGCUCCGCGGAGACCAAGCCGAGCCAGGUGGACACGUCCAGGAGUUACUACAUGUGGUGACCCGGCGGCGAUCUCGCUUCUGGUAGUAGGGAGCACAAAGACGUUUUUGCUUUAUUCUGCAAAAGUAACCGGUGGAAGACUUUUGUAUUUUUGACUUUCCUAGGAUGUGGCAGCGUGGAGAGCACGUGGCGGGAGAUUUCCCAUUUUCCAGCGCAGCGUAUCGCUAGAGCUCGGCGGGCUGUGGGCUGCCGGCGUGCGUUUGGUUUUUAUUUUUAUCAUUAUUACGAUUAUUAUAUUAUUAUUAUAUUUUGUUUUCGUUGUUAUGCUAAACUCAGUACUGCUGUUCUAACCACCAUGCUCAAUAAAGUGAUGAAUCACAGGGUGGGGUCGCCCUGUGCUUUGCCCAGUAGCGUGACCUCGGUCUGCAGCCCUCGGCGGGAAGCACCGUGUCCUCCAACGAGCUGCUGUGCGGCCGCGCGCGGCGUGGAACCUCCUGCGGCAUCUGGUCUCCGGGCUUUCAACUCAAGCAGCUAAGUCUAGACUCGUGCCCUGCGUGGAAUGAUGUUAGUUGAUUGUACUGUAACGUUGUAUCAGCUGAACUGAAUGUUUGCCUUUGAACAAUGACUUUCCUUUUUUGUAAUAGAGGCUUAGAACAAGCUAACCGGCAAUAGAUUUUGACACGUCUACCCGAUUUUUUUAAUGUAACAAACGACAUGUUCCUUGUUACCUUCUUCUUUUUAUCUUUAGUAGCCACUUUUAAAAGACAAUAAUUUCAUUGUGUUUCACUCAGCAACACGUGGUGUAUAAUGAA